AUGGCUUUAUCUCCCAAAGACUUCACUGUGGCCAUCGUCGGUGGUGGAAUGUGUGGACUGGCUUGUGCUAUUGUUCUCAAUAGAUCUGGGAUUGACGUUAACGUAUUCGAGGCAGCUACGAAAUUUGGUGAAGUUGGUGCUGGUGUUGGCUUCGGGCCUAAUUCUCUGCGAGCCUUGAAAGGGUUGGGUCUCUAUGACACUGUUCUUAAGGCUGCGAAUGAACCUCCCAAUAUGCGUUUAUUUCGCUUCAUAGCUGGGACCGGCGACCAUGAGCUCAUCUACGACUAUGUGAACCUGGCUAAGAGCGAAGAAGAUCACACUGGCUUUGGAAUUUAUCGACCAGCCUUCCUCGAUGCUCUCACACCUUUAAUGGACCCAGCCAGAACGCGCUUCAACAAACGCUGUGUCUCCGUCGAGAAAGCGGACUCUGGUCGACAGCUCCUUCGAUUCGCAGACGGGUCGACCUUCGAGGCCGACCUUGUCAUUGGCGCCGACGGUAUCAGAAGUGUCGCCCGGAAAGUCAUCGUUGGGGACGAGAGCAGCUGUCUCGGGUUCUCCAAUACUGUCGCGUACCGAGGGCUGGUCCCAAUUGAUGUGUUAAAGGCGAAGGGUAUGAAGGUCCCUGUUCAUACUCGUCCGCAUUGUUGGAUUGGCCUUGGGAAGCACUUGAUAACCUUCCCAAUGAGGAACGACACACUCCUAAACAUCGUGGCGUUUAUAAGUAGUCCCGAUGGAUUAAAGUUGUCACCAGAGCAUCCCCAACCUUGGGUACGAACAGCCCCCCAGCAAGAACUUCUUGACGGGUUUCAAGGUUUCGGGAACGAUGCCAUGACGGUUUUGAAGCAUAUCAAGACACCCAGCCUCUGGUCCAUUCAUACCUUGCAUCCCCCUUUGAAGAGCUUCGUGGCUGGUAGAGUCGUGCUUGUCGGCGAUGCGGCCCAUGGGAUGUUGCCACAUCUCGGUGCUGGCGUCGGUCAAGGUUUCGAGGACGUCUACACACUCUAUAGAGUACUUACUCACCCCGCGACCAAAAAGACCAAUCUCGAGACCGCGCUUGCAAUCUACGACGACAUGAGACCCUCCCGGGCCAACAUGGUUCUUGAGGGAAGCAUCAAGGCUGGCAAUGUUUACGACGGAUUCGGAGAAUCCAAGUACUCUGCUGAGGACGUGGUCACUCACCUGACAGGGCAGUGGGACCCUGUGUGGUUCUACGACAUAGUUGCAGAGGUUUCCGACACCCUCAAGCAGAGGGAAAACGAACUUUUCUCCUUGGCUACGUCAUAG